UUUCAGAUGAUCCCAGCACCCCUCUUUCUCGACCAAGUCGUCCCAGGUUGGGAGUGGGAGAGAGCCGACGAGCUCAACCAGGCCUUGAGGAGGCUGGGCCCCGUGGAGCUCGGGACCAUCGCCCACGGCACAGUGCGGGGAAUACUACGCUUCUACCCCGGAGACGCCCGCACGCCUGUACGCCACAAUGGGCAGAUGGCCCCCGUGAGGACCGUGUACGCCCGGUCGUACACAACCGAGCUCCGCCACGAGCGGUGGAGCUUGGUAAACCUCAAGAAAGUUUCACAGCAGGCCCUUUCUCAUUGUGAGAAAUAUUUUGUACGAAAUGGCUCUCCAGAGCCACUUCGAGGACGUCUACGAGGGAUUCCGGCAACCGCCCCCCCCCCCCUCGUGAGCGAUCUGGAACUCAGCCAGUUCGACAAGCUGCCGGCUAUGACCAGGGCCAUGAGCUGUCCUGUGUGUCUGGUUCGCUACAGCGACUUUGGCCAACUGCAGCAGCACCUGUUGGAGGACAACCCUCCACGCCUUCACGCGAAUUCAAUGGUUCACACGGCCCCCCACGUGCUCCAGGACUGGGUCCGGCUAGCUGUCAGAAAGUUAGGCCACGGCAGUCUAACACACUUCGGUUUGGGAUGGUUCGAAAAAAUUGGGUUCGAGGCACCCGAGAUCUUUGAAGUCUCAAAGAUUUGAGCCAUCACAGCCACCCCCCCCCCCCCCCCCCCCCCCGGAAGUCAGCAUCGCCCCCGCAACCAGCUGCAACUUCUCAUUGCGACAUUGGGACAUUAUUAAGUUUAUUAUUUUUAUUGUUAUUAAUAUUUUUAUUAUUAAUAAAUACAAAAGUGUUACAAAAA